AUGGCCCGUUGUUGCCAACUUCUAACCAUUUUCCUAUUAUGGGCUCUUUUGAUGCUCUCAUGGUGCGAAGCUUCAAGAAACAUCGUUAAUGGAUAUGAUCAUUCUUAUUUAAGGUUCAAAUCCGAUAGCUUAAUCAAGCGAAGAGACGAUACAACGCGUUUGAAACGCUUUGUAAGAGCCUCUCUGCGAUCUCCAACUCCAACCACCGUUAGUGUUUCUGAUUUUGGAGCUAAAGGAGAUGGAAAUACCGAUGACACGGAGGCAUUCGUGAAUGCGUGGAAGAAAGCAUGUUCUUCAAAUGGAGAUGUUAAUCUCUUAGUUCCUAAAGGGAACACUUAUUUACUUAAGUCUAUUCGAUUAACUGGUCCAUGCAAAUCAAUUCUUACCGUUCAGAUCUUUGGAGCGUUAUCGGCAUCUCAAAAACGAUCGGAUUACAAAGAUUUCAGCAAGUGGCUUACGUUUGACGGCGUUAACAGUCUAACGGUCGAUGGCGGCACCACCGGAACUGUCGACGGAAACGGCGAAACGUGGUGGCAAAGCUCAUGCAAACGGAACAAAGCUAAGACAUGCACAACAAAAGCCCCAACGGCUCUUACUUUCUACAACUCGAAGAAUUUGAGAGUGAAUAAUCUGAGGGUGAAAAAUGCGCAACAGAUUCAGAUUUCGAUCGAGAAAUGCUCCAACGUUCAAGUCUCUAAUGUCGUGGUGACUGCGCCUGCGGAUAGUCCUAACACCGAUGGUAUUCAUAUCACUAACACCCAAAACAUUCAAGUCUCCAAAUCCUUCAUUGGAACAGGUGAUGAUUGCAUAUCUAUUGAAAGUGGAUCACAAAAUGUUAAAAUCAAUGAUAUAACUUGCGGCCCUGGUCACGGUAUCAGCAUUGGGAGCUUAGGAGAUGACAAUUCAAAGGCUUUUGUAUCCGGCGUCACUGUGGAUGGUGCUAAGCUUUCCGGUACAGACAAUGGAGUUAGAAUCAAAACUUACCCUGGAGGGUCAGGAACGGCUAGCAAUAUCAUAUUUCAAAACAUUCAAAUGGAUAAUGUGAAGAAUCCGAUCAUAAUCGACCAACAUUAUUGCGACAAGAGCAAAUGCACCGAAGAGAAAUCUGCGGUCCAAGUGAAGAACGUGGUGUAUCGAAAUAUAAGCGGUACAAGCGCUUCGGACAUCGCAAUAAAAUUUGAUUGCAGCAGCGACUAUCCAUGCCAAGGGAUUGUGCUUGACAAAGUGAACAUUAGAGGAGGAAAAGCAUCUUGUAGCAAUGCUAAUGUGAUUGAUAAAGGCGCUGUUUUGCCUCAAUGCAAAAUAACUUAA